UGACUGCCACCAUCCUACCCCAUGUCACAGUGUGUAGGAGCGCUGAUUGCUCUUACCCAAUCAUGCCUGGAAUGCUGCUUGCCACUUGGGCUAUUUCUGCUAUCUGUCGCUAUCAGUGCUGCAGUGCUAACAGUUUGGCAGAUGGGACACUUUUUCUUGGAGUUUAUGUCUUUGGUUUUUAACUUCUGGCAGCGCCUGAAUUGUUGCCGUUCUCCCUCUCCUUUUCUUCUCUCUGUAAAACCAUGGCCCAUCGGCUGCGGUUUCAUUUUGGCUCUGGACGAAGCAACACAGCCCCCGAAUCCGAGAUCCUCGACCGGGAGAGAGAAGAUGACUUUUUCAUGGCAUUCCACACUUUGCCGAGAAGAAGCAGCCCUCACGCUUUCUCCCGACACGGAGCAGAUUACGGCGGAGGCAGCGAUUUCCAAGAAGUGGGCUCCUUGAAAAGGAGCACCUCCAUGUUUAUUCCCCAGCUGCUGAACAGCAUCAGCGCACGUCCCACAAGAAGCUCCUCGAUGCAGAUCUCUCUCCAGCGCAAGGCUGCAGAUGAGUGCGCGACCCCGGAGACCCCCGAGGAGACUCCCCUGUGCAAAGCCUCAGAUGUUAGGGAGCAUUAUGCGUCCCCCAUUGAAAACCAUUCCUCCUCUCAGAGCAGCCCAGAGGCAACUCCUGAGGAUUCUCCAGCCAGGCAGACGGAGGAGUUGGGGCAGCAGAUGAAUGGAACUCUUCGCUGUAACCGUAGGAUAUUCCGUACUAUUCCUCCUAACAACCAGAGCGACGAUGCUCUGUCCGCCGCCCAUGAGAACGAGGCAAAGGAAACAGCUUCAGGUCUGAACAUCAGCGGCGUGAGGAUUCAGCAUCGUGCUUCGAGCGCCGAUGUGCCUCAGGUUACUCUGCUGCCCUUUGGUUCUGAGGCUCAAAAUAAUGCUCCCACCCCUGAGCCCCGGCGCUGGUCUCUGCAGCACGUGCCAGACAUGUCAGCAAAUUCGGGGAAAAAGUUCUUUGUUCUCCAGUUACAGCAGCCGCAGGCGAGUGGUACAGGUGGUGAGUAUAACUUCGGCUUUACUGGGACAAAAGGGGACAGAUUGGUCAGGUACCCACGCAUUCAGCUGGAGAGGAGCGCUUCCUACCCCAUCCAACCACGGCCGGAGGAAAUCCGCCCCGCAGGUGAUGGGCGGACUUCAGAACUGCAUGGAAGCAGCAGGAGCGGGUCAGAAAUAUCCAGAAGCAAUUCAGUAGAGAAGAUUCCUCAGGGGAAGGGAUGCCUGUUUAAAAUCAGACCAGAUCAAAACACGAGGCAGCAGCACUUCCGAAUCCUUGUCACCCGUAAUCCCGAGGAGCAAAGUCCAGUUGUUGGUGCAGAGUGUCGUGGCACCCCUGGUCCUGCGGCAGCCAGCACCACGACUAGAGACGACUUCCUGGGCCAGGUGGAUGUGCCUCUUAGCCACCUUCCGACUGAAGACCCAACCAUGGAAAGGCCAUAUACAUUUAAGGAUUUCCUUCUCAGACCAAGAAGUCACAAGUCUCGUGUAAAGGGUUUCUUGAGACUGAAGAUGGCUUACAUGCCUAAGAAUGGUGGCCAAGAGGAAGAGAAUAGCGAUCAAAGGGAUGAGUCUGAGCACGGAUGGGAUGUGGUUGAUUCCAACGACUCUGCGUCUCAGCGCCAGGAGGAGUUGCCACCUCCUCCACUGCCUCCUGGCUGGGAGGAAAAGGUUGACAACCUGGGGCGGACUUACUAUGUCAACCACAACAACAGAACCACGCAAUGGCACCGACCAAGUUUGAUUGAUGUGGGAUCUGAUUCAGAUAACAACAUCAGACAAAUAAACCAUGAAGCAGCCCAUAGGCGGUUUCGCUCUCGAAGACACAUUAGUGAGGAUUUGGAACCGGAACCUAUGGAGACUGGAGACAUUCCUGAGCCUUGGGAAGCCAUUUCAGAGGAGGCGAGUGCAACUGGGGAUUCUUUAAGCUUAUCGUUGCCACCACCUCCUGCAUCUCCUGUAUCCCGCAGCAGUCCUCAGGAGCUAUCUGAGGAACUGAACAGAAGGCUUCAGAUCACUCCAGACUCUAAUGGGGAACAGCUGAGUUCUUUGAUUCAAAGAGAUCCUUCCUCAAGACUGAGAUCUUGCAGUGUAACAGAUACAGUUGCUGAACAGUCUCAAUUAUCUUUGCAGAGUGGCCAAUCUAGGAGGGCUCGUUCUUCAACUGUCACAGGUGGUGAGGAACCAACGCCUUCAGUGGCCUAUGUCCACACCACGCCGGGCUUACCUUCAGGCUGGGAGGAAAGAAAGGAUGCAAAGGGCCGUACUUACUAUGUGAAUCACAACAAUCGCACCACAACCUGGACACGGCCCAUCAUGCAGCUUGCAGAAGAUGGCAUGGUUGGGUCAGCAGCAAACAGCAACAACCAUCUGAGUGAGCCGCAGAUCAGACGGCCCCGCAGCCUCAGUUCACCCACGGUCACCUUGUCUGCUCCACUCGAGGGCAUGAAGGACUCCCCGGUGCGCAGAGCUGUGAAGGACACCCUUUCCAACCCGCAGUCUCCGCAGCCUUCUCCCUACAACUCUCCCAAACCACAGCACAAAGUUGCGCAGAGCUUCCUCCCUCCUGGCUGGGAAAUGCGGAUAGCACCCAACGGCAGGCCCUUCUUCAUCGAUCACAAUACUAAAACUACUACCUGGGAAGAUCCACGGCUGAAAUUUCCAGUGCAUUUGAGAACAAAAGCUUCUUUGAACCCCAAUGAUUUGGGCCCCCUUCCUCCUGGUUGGGAAGAAAGGAUACAUUUGGAUGGAAGAACAUUUUAUAUAGAUCAUAGAAGCCAGGUGUUGAUAUGUGGAGACAUUGAUACCAGAGACUUAGUGCCCUCCUACGAUAAUAAAAUUACCCAGUGGGAAGACCCCAGACUGCAGAACCCAGCAAUUACUGGUCCUGCGGUUCCGUAUUCUAGGGAGUUCAAACAGAAGUAUGACUAUUUCAGGAAGAAGUUGAAGAAACCCGCUGAUAUACCAAACAGAUUUGAGAUGAAGCUACACAGGAAUAAUAUUUUUGAGGAGUCCUACAGAAGAAUUAUGUCUGUGAAAAGACCUGAUGUACUGAAGGCCAGGCUCUGGAUUGAAUUUGAGUCAGAAAAAGGACUUGACUACGGAGGUGUGGCCAGAGAGUGGUUUUUUCUCUUGUCCAAGGAGAUGUUCAACCCAUAUUAUGGUCUUUUUGAAUAUUCAGCAACGGACAACUACACGCUUCAGAUUAACCCUAAUUCAGGUCUUUGUAAUGAAGAUCACCUUUCUUAUUUCACAUUUAUUGGACGAGUGGCUGGCCUGGCAGUGUAUCAUGGGAAGCUGCUGGAUGGCUUCUUCAUCAGACCUUUUUACAAGAUGAUGCUGGGGAAGCCAAUAACGCUGAAAGACAUGGAAUCAGUGGACAGUGAAUACUACAACUCCUUGAAGUGGAUCCUGGAGAAUGACCCUACGGAGCUGGAUCUCAUGUUCUGCAUAGAUGAGGAAAACUUUGGACAGACGUAUCAAGUCGACCUGAAGCCAAAUGGGUCAGAAAUCAUGGUAACAAAUGAGAACAAAAGGGAAUACAUCGACCUGGUCAUCCAGUGGAGAUUUGUAAACAGAGUUCAAAAACAAAUGAAUGCUUUCUUGGAGGGAUUCACAGAACUUCUUCCUAUCGAUCUGAUUAAAAUUUUUGAUGAAAAUGAACUAGAGUUACUGAUGUGUGGCCUUGGGGAUGUUGACGUUAACGACUGGAGACAACACACAAUCUACAAAAAUGGCUACUGCCCAAAUCAUCCUGUCAUCCAGUGGUUCUGGAAGGCUGUUCUACUGAUGGAUGCAGAAAAACGCAUUCGGUUACUGCAGUUUGUUACUGGGACGUCACGAGUGCCUAUGAAUGGAUUUGCUGAACUUUACGGUUCAAACGGUCCUCAGCUGUUUACAAUAGAGCAAUGGGGAACUCCUGAUAAACUGCCCAGAGCUCACACAUGCUUUAAUCGCUUAGACUUACCUCUUUAUGAAUCCUUCGACGACCUGCGAGAGAAGCUCCUGAUGGCAGUUGAAAAUGCACAAGGAUUUGAAGGAGUGGAUUAGGGCACUGCUUCCCACCUUUCGGCGCGUUCUGCUGCGCUUCCACUCCUCCACGUUGGACUCUGACUGUGGCAGAACCGUUGCACAGCGCUGGUUCCUGGAGCAAACUCUUCGACAGUGCGUGGCCUAAAUGCAGAAUCUUGAACUCUGGUCUGUGGAAGGCUUUUUUGGCAUUUCCACAGCCAGUUACUAUGGGGUUAUAUGUACUCUGAUUACAUUUCAGCAGGACUUACUGUAUUUAUGUUGUGCCUCUGUAGGCUGAGCCCUUAAUAAAAAUUUUACAUAAUUUCUAAUGACAAUGAAUGAAAUUAAUCAUUUUACAGGGAUAGUGUUACAGCUCAUGUUUACUUUUUAAUUGAUUUAGACAUUUUCAGAUUAUAUUUCAUUACAAUUAAAUUUCAUGUACGUGGGGGAUAAAUGAGCAUUUUUUCUUAAUUUCUUACCAGACUUGAUGCCAGUGUCAUUUUUUUCAAGCUCAUUUUGAGCCUUGUGUUCCCAAACUCUUAGGAAAAUAGGAGAUAGUUAUCUUGGAAUUCUUCUCUAUAUUGGCUAUAUCAAGAGCACAUAAAUAUUUUUCUGUAUCUGGAAGAGGUAUGGAUUCUAUGUUGCAUUUUUUGUAUAAAUAAUAGUUAUGAGUCGAGGGACAGUCAUAACAUAGCAUGCCAAAUCUCAUGUUCAAUAAAGAAAUUGCCUCAUUAUUCCUUGGUGAUAUUUACAUGUACUGAAGAACAUUUUGGGGUAGGGUUGGCAUUAAUCAUUUAGGAAAAUAUGCUUAACCCUGUCAUUAUCUUUGUGUAGUGGUUCUUUUGUUAUCCUUUCCUCUUUACUGUGUGCAGUGGAGGCAUUUUGAAGGAAACCUGGCACUGUGUGAUUUGGCGUGAUGGAAAACAGAUCUGUUUUGUCUCCUAUUUGUAUGCAUUUGCUAAUGAUAUCUAAACACGGUAUCUUUUUGUUUCUAACUGCACCAACUCUAAAGGCACUUUAUGUAACACAUUGAAGUCAUAUCUGUGUUUUUUUUUAUCAUAAACAUUACUGUGAUUAUGUUCCUUCUCACUGCACAUGUCUCUCUGGUGCAAUAUCUAUCAAUUGUGAGUUUGGCUGCUGCUGAUGUAUAAGAGGAAAAAAACAAACAGCUGUAGAGCUGAGCCUGCAGACAUGUUCCUCAGCAAUUGUUUUUGUGAUUUAUUUUUUACUUAAUCACAAAGAUUUAUUUAAUAUACACUGCUAUCUAUCUAAUCAGUUUUGUUACCUAUGACAUGUUGCAUGCCUAAACUAUAAUGUCUUGAGUUGCAUCUCUUGUGUGAUGGAUUAAAAGUGAAAGAUUUGUAUUUGA